AUGGCACUCAUUCGCUAUUCUCUACAUUUAUCUCGAUUCGUUUUCCCCUCUAUUAUUUCAAAUCGAGGAGUUGCAACUGCACCAGCACCAGCAUCAUCUGCUGUCGAACAUACAACAAAUGAUACACAGGAGAAAAAUGUUUUAGCGAAUACAUCACCAUAUAAAAAUGCUCCGAGCAAAUUUUAUGGUGAUAGUAACGUCGAAGUCGCUUUGGCUCGUUUGGAUGAUGUACAAAAUUUAAUUCGUCGUGGUUCUAUUUGGCCACUGACAUUCGGUCUUGCUUGUUGUGCCGUUGAAAUGAUGCAAAUGGCUGCUCCGCGUUAUGAUAUGGAUCGAUUUGGUGUCGUCUUUCGUGCUAGUCCACGUCAAUGUGAUCUUAUGAUUGUUGCUGGUACACUCACUAAUAAAAUGGCUCCAGCUAUUCGACGUCUCUAUGAGCAAAUGCCUCAUCCUAAAUGGGUUAUUUCUAUGGGCUCAUGUGCGAAUGGUGGUGGUUAUUAUCAUUAUUCAUAUGCAGUGGUACGUGGAUGUGAUCGUAUAAUACCGGUUGAUAUUUAUGUUCCUGGCUGUCCACCAAGUGCUGAAGCAUUACUCUAUGGUGUUUUACAAUUACAAAGAAAGAUAAAACGAUAUGAUACAUUACAAAAAUGGUAUCGAAAAUAA